AAACAUAGGUCAACUCCCCUUGGUCAGUUGUGUUAAUGUAAGUUUAGCGGCCAUGACAUUUUCGAAUCCCAUGAUGGCAUUUGAACCACGCACCUUCGGACGAGUUGUCCCCAUGUGUCCAGGAUAACCUGACAAGACCUGUCCACGGGAACUGUUUCGUCACAACACUCUCCCCAAGCCAGGAGGCCUGCUCCCUGACAAAUACUCACAGCCUACCUACCAGGGUGCAACUGUACUUGCCAAGCAGGUAGCAGGCAGCAAAUACAUAUCGGGGAAUCCCUUUCAACUAAAGAAUGCAUCUGUAGGAGUUGUGCUCUGUGUCAUCUAUCAGCUGCUUGAAAGCCAUGCUUGAAUCCACAUUGCUCUAUUGUAGCAAUCUUUGUCGACCCAAUGAAGCAUUGCAGGUAUGCAACAGACAUGGUGACUAGCGGGAACUCCUUACAGUGGCGGAGUGUGUUAGCUGAGUGUGAAGUAUACGUGUAAGUUGCCAUGCAUUAAGUAAUGCAGCUUCUUUCCAGCAAGUUGAUGAUCACACAAAGAGACAUGUUCAUCAUCACAGGAAGGGAUAACUGCUUGCUGGACUAACUGACCAUCUUAUGUAAGAUUGUGGGGACAUAGAGUAAUACCGCCACCAUGGGCAACAAGUCCGGCAAGCAAGAGUAUACUAUAGAUGAUGACACUGCCAGCACGGUGUCAUCUAGCUCACGAAGAGGUCACUUUAUCAGACCUGUGGGGAAACGUGAUCAAGAGGUUCUAAAGCAGUAUGAAACCAGAGGAGAGGAACAGUUUCCUAGAGGACCAGAACAAUUCCCUGGAAGAAUGGAACAGUUUCCCAGAGCAAAUCAGGCCCGGCGGCUAUCAGAACAGUUUCCUAGAGGACCAGAACAAAUUCCUAGAGGACCAGAACAGUUUCCUAGAGGACCAGAACAGUUUCCUAGAGGACCAGAACAGUUUCCAAGAGGACCAGAACAGUUUCCUAGAGGACCAGGACAGUUUCCAAGAGGACCAGAACAGCCUCCUAGAGGAUCAGAACAGUUUCCUAGAGGACCAGAACAGUUUCCAAGAGGACUAGAACAGCUUCCUAGAGGAUCAGAACAGUUUCCUAGAGGACCAGAACAGUUUCCAAGAGGACCAGAACAGUUUCCUAGAGGACAAGAACAGUUUCCUGGAGUAACAGACCCAAGUUCUAAGACAACAGAGUAUUUCCCUCGGACAGUAGAACAGUUGUCUGGUCGUAAGAUGACAGACAGUGUGGAGGCCUCUUCCCAAAUGAGUUCAGGAUAUGUGUCCCAGAGUAGCUCUGGUGCAUCAUCUCAAGGUGUUGUGGCAACAUCAUCGCCCUCAAAAGCUUCUCCGAAAUUCCAAACUCCACUCACAGAACAUGAUAAUCCACAUGCAAAUCAUUUGAUAGCAAGACGUUCCAGGUCUGUGGAUCACACUUUAGAUCCACCGCAGUUGUCUCCACAAGCUAUCGAUUCCUAUAACAAGGGCAUGAAUGAGACUUCUCCCAUAAGUAUACCUGGUUUUGAUAGGAGACUAUCACAAGAUGAGUUUGGGCAUAAUCCUCUGUUAAAAUCAUUACCACAGUUAAAAAACAGAGAAUCGCCUAAACUACCUCCAAAGCUACAUUCUCCAAAAUCUUCACCCAAAAUUACUCGGAUCAAUGUAAGUGGACAUAGUGGUGCUAGUAGUAUGUCCAGAAAUUUCUCAUCUCCGAAACUUGCUCGGCGUGCUACUAAACGUCUUCCAGGACAGCAGCUGAAACUGACAAAGUCCUUUGAAGAUCUGCAGUUGAUAAUGCCUGAACUGGACAACCCAACUCUUCCAAAUGAAACCAAGCCUGUUAUCUUCCUGGCAAUGUACGACUUCGAGGCAAUUAACGAUGAUGACUUGUCCUUUGUGAAAGGGGACCGACUCCGGAAGGUUAACGCCAGCGACACAGCUGAUUGGGUGAUAUGCAGCAGCUUGACCAAUGGGAAGAGAGGCUACAUCCCUGUCAACUAUGUGAAGGUGGAUGAUAACUCCCCACAGGCUCAGGACUGGUGGUUCGACUGUAGUCGGCAUGACGGGGAGGCGUGGCUGAAGAGGGAGGGUGUGAUGACAGGCAGCUUUCUCAUCAGGGCUUCCGCAGACAAAAAUUCCUAUGCACUGUCUGUGAGGUGUCUGGAACCAGAUGGUAGAACACCAUCCAUCCGCCAUUACAAGAUACGCAAGUCCGCUGAUGGACAAGUGUACAUUGGAGUUAGGAAACUGUUCCCUGAUGUCAUCUCGCUUGUGGAACAUUAUCAGAAGAAGGAAGACGGCCUGGUGUGUCGACUCAGUGAGCCCUGUCCCCGCACGGCCCCCGUCACCCAUCUCCGCAGUAUGGAGGUGAGCCGGGAGAACAUCCGCAAGACAGAGAAGCUGGGGGCAGGAUACUUCGGGGAAGUGUGGAAAGGAAAGCUCCGAGGGAAACUUGAUAUUGCCAUUAAGAUGCUGAAACCUGGGAGAAUGACUGUGAAAGAAUUCAUCCGUGAGGCGAGGACAAUGAACAAGUUACGUCACGUCCGCCUGGUGCAGCUUCUGGCUGUGUGUACGAACUGUGAACCUGUGCUGCUCAUCACGGAGUACAUGGCCAAUGGAUCCCUACUGGACUUCCUUCGGCGAGACAGGCGUACGAAGCUCGAACAUACCAUGAUGCUUAAUAUGACUCGGCAGAUAGCAGAAGGAAUGGCGUAUCUUGAAUCUCGCAACUUCAUCCAUCGUGACCUCCGUGCUGGCAACAUCCUGGUCGGGGAACAUUACGAUGUGAAGGUCGCUGACUUCGGACUGGCCAGGGUUGUUGAUGAUGGACAGUAUGUAGCUGGAGGUACGCGGUUCCCGAUCAAGUGGACUGCCCCUGAGGGAGUGUUGUACAGCAAGUUCAGCAUCAAGUCGGACGUGUGGUCCUUUGGUAUCCUCAUGUAUGAGAUUGCAACAUCAGGAAAGGAACCGUAUGCAGGUAUGAGACCGUCAGAAGCUGUGGAUGAGAUUCAGAGAGGAUACCGCCUUCCGAAGCCACAGGAACACUGGCUUCCUGAGCAGAUCGACCCGUACUAUUUGAUCAUGCAACAGUGUUGGAAGUACGACCCAGUGACAAGACCCUCCUUCUUCCAUAUACACACAUUGUUUGAAGACUUCAAGGUCCAGAUGGAGAGAGACUAUGGAGAUGUGUGAGGAUUCGGGUGGACACAGCUGCAGGGUUAGAAAAGAUGCGGUGAGAUAAAUAUGUGACAGGACUGAUCAGGAUCUUGAAGAGAUCUGGCCCUCCUUACAAUCUAAGGAAUGCAAGAUCAGAGUAUAGUUUCAGUAAACUAUGUGAGACACAUGUUUGGAAGUAUUGACUACAUCCGGUAACUCAACAGGGUGCCGUUGUUGAAAACAACCUUAGCGCUGUGACUGUCAUAAGUCUAUGUUAAGGUAUGGGAGUUACGAUCACAUUUGCGCUAAGAUUGCUUUGUACAAUGGCACUCAGGACAUGAAAUAAGAUGUGACUGGUAUUUCUGUUGGCCUUGGACCAUAGGACCAGCAGUUAAACACCUGCUUGACUGAGUCACCAUGAUGCAGAAUCUUGAAUGGUGUGAUGGAGAUUGAGAUGGAGACGGUGAUGGAGGCGUUGAUGGAAACGAUGAUGGAGACGGUGAUAGGGACGGCGAUGGAGGCGGUGAUGGAGACUGUGAUGGGGACGGUGAUGGAGACAGAGAUGGAGACGGCGAUUGGAGAUGGUGAUGGAGACGGUGAUGGAGAUGGAGAUGGAGAUGGCGCACUCGACAAAUGGAAAGGAUCUCCAAACACUUUUGAAAAUAACUUACUUUUCAGCAAGCUACUUCUGAUCUUCAUAUGGAAUAUCAACAGUGAUUUUCUUCAAGUGAUCAAAUUUGGAAAUAUAUAUUGUGACUUCUUGGUUCUUCUUGGUACUACCUCCACAGUUUCUUGCCUCUAUGGUGACCAUCCAGUGUUGUAUCUCAUGGUGUCGUCAGUAAUUUACCUGUGUAGUAACUCGGACACUGACUCAGGUUGGUUGAGAUUUCCAUCAUCAAAUUGAUUGCUAAUAAUUUGAGAUUCACAGAUCCCAAAGUGGUGUGUUAUGGCUGACGUCCACUCCAAUAAUAUCCAUGUGACCUUGGAUAUCUGUUUUGACUAAUAAUAUCAACAGUGUGAUACCCAUGAUAAUGAUACCCACAAUGACCAUGGUAUCAAAUUGUGAUAUCAAUGUGUGAAGCUAUCCCCAUAAUUAUAAGGAUAUCAAUAGUGACUUUGUGAUAUCACAUAAGCUUGUGAUAUCCAUAAUGUAGGCCAACUGCAUCAAUCUCAUUCAGUGUAUAAUCAGUCAAUAGUCAGUGAGUCACUGGAUAUCAUCAUAAUAUUACACAUUCAUCAUGUCCUUAUCAACCACAACGACACGUAUUAUGUAUAAACUCUUACGUCUCACUUCUCAGAAGACAUCUCGGUGACUGAAAUAUUCUUCAUGUGGCUGCUGAAUGGCAGUGUGGAUGUGUUGUGUCAUUGUGUACCGAUUGACCUUGACGAGUCAUACCCCUGACUCUUGUGGACUGCUCAAUAAAGACAAGGAAGAAGGAAACUCACUCGUGAAUAUUGUAACAUGUGUGAACAUUAUUACAUUGAUUGUACAUAUAUAUAUAUGUAUUUACUCAGCAGUUGGACAACAAUCAGAACAUCAACAAAAAAAGCUCUGAUUUGGCAGA